AUGAACGCAAAUUCCGAAAAACCAUUCGAUGAUUUUGGCUAUCUGGAAUUGUUAUUUUUAUACUACGACAUCAGCAAAACCAUCGUAUUCUGGACGAAUGUUUUCUUGAUCUCUUCCACAUUGAUUAACGGAAGUUUCGGUCAGUUGUGUUUCGCUGCGAGUAUAAACGCCGAACUGGCGGUCCGACGAAUCUGUUCUAUGUUCCAGAUGAAACCACUGGACAUGAAGCACUUCCAGGAGGAUACGAUGCUAAUGCGCCAACAGCGUCACCGCGAAAAGAAUCACAUCGACAAAUUGGCGUGGCUGAAACGUAAAAUGGUCGAAGAGGAGAUACAAAACGAACGAGACGAAUAUUUCGAUAACGAAUGUUUAUCUCGUCGCUUUUCCGAUAUUAUAGAUAGGUUGGUUGAAGCGUUAGAUUUUGUACUGGGCACGAAAUGCCGUCAUCGUCAACCAUACUGCUGCGAGCGCGGCGAAGAAGCGGACUCGAUGCAGUUCGCCAAACCUACUACCAAAGGUCGGAGAUCGUUCCGAAAUCUAAACACGCCGAUAGUCGGGUAA